ACCAGUACACUGUAGGCAAAUUAGAAAGGGCCUUUAUUUUCUAUUAUCCUUUUUUAUACAAAUAGCGCAUAGGUUUAGCCCACAGCCAUGUGGACCCUUAGUCCUAGAUUACUGAAGAAUCGGGAGGGGAAACAGCGUCUUUUGAAGUUCCAAGUGGGCGACUGUUCGGCGCGCGAGAUGAAAACUGCUCUAAAAAGCCGUCAAGUUCAUCAAGUCGCCCAAAUUGGAGGCGACUUCACUUCCACUUUAGAAAGCCCAUCGAAUAGCUUUUCAUCUGAUAGACCCAUUCCCCUAGCCAAACCUGAAAAUGAAGACAAGAAAGUGGACUACGGCGAGCUGAACAAGGUUUUUCAAAAACUGGGCUUGUCCGACCAGAUCGUCCUCUAUCGCUCCUUUCACCUCCUGCCCGCCGCCUGCUACACUCUUUGGCGGAUUACCAGGAAACGGCUCGACUUCCGCACUCUUCACCAGGAUCUCGGCGAGAUGUCGCAGAGACAUCUUCUUGUCCACAUGGUGGAUCAUUUCAAGUACGUUUACUUCGUCGCAGAUAAACUGCAGGAGAACCUUAAUGUUAUAGAAAGCGCAGGUGUGAAGUCACUAGUCUCUGUGCAACGCUGCGAAUUGCUGAUGGAAGAGAAUUCAACGAAAGUUAAGGCCAUUAGUCACCCAGCUGGCGGAGAUUCCGCUGCAAAUAGAAUGGCCCAGUGGCCACUGCAUGCUCUGCCCAAGCUAAUGAGAAAUUUGCGACGCCUGAAGGCCAACUGCGAAAUCCAGGUGCACUUCAUCGAACACUUCCAGGAUCUGGAGUUGCUAGUACUUUAUGGCUUCAUUUCGCAGACUGCUCUCACGGGAAUCUUUGAGCGGUGCCACAAAUUGGCCAGACUAUUCCUGCGAUUCGAUUGCGAUACCUUGAGCUUGAAAUGCAUUGAUAAGUGUUCCAAUCUGAGAGACCUUUCAUUGACCACAGGCCUGUUUGCCAACCAAAAGGACCUUGUCAUGAAACUGACUGAUCUUCGCUUGCUUGAGUUGACACAAUGCCAAAAGAGAAAUGAGCUGACAUUGGAGAGCCUGAAAUUUACACUAAGCCAACGGAAAGACUCUGUGGAACUAAUUCAAAUAGAUUGCAAAGGCUUUCGGGACCCCAACUGGAUGAUGGAGGUGGGUCUGGAUCGGUGCUCUCGAUUACGGGGAUUGGUACUCGCCAGCUGCUCUUUCUGCGACCUCGAGAUCAGUCGGCUCUCGUUUCCAAAAGUUCAGAAAUACAUUGCUCUAACCAACUGCCAUGACAUCAAGGACUACCAGUUGCUGGAUAUUGUGCGAAAGUGUGCCGGUCUCCACGAUAUCUACUUGAUCGACUGUCCACAGCUGAGCUGGAAGGUCCUUCAAGGCAUUUACCGCAUCCGGAAGAAAGAAAAUCUCAGCUAUCCCAUUACUGUGAUCCUCAAUCAGUGGUCGGAACUCAGGGAGGCCUAUCAGUCGAUGUACUCAAGCUACUGGUGCUUUAAGCUGUCCUACCUCAGAAUAGAACGCGUAAUUCAGCAAUGUCAACCGAUUACAGAUAUUCAGAUAUUUUUCAACAACAGCCAAUAGUUCGUCAUAGUGGUAGUAACCAUA